AUGUCCCCUAAGAAGCGUCGUAUGAACGAUGGAGCAACCAUCAACUCCGAAAAGAUCACCACCUUGGAACUUCAGGUUGAGAAUCUCCGAUCGGAAAAUGAACAUCUUACCUCGGAAAACGAAUCUCUCAAGAUUAGCACUUUGGAGCGUCAGGUUGAGACUCUGCGAUCGGAAAACGAACGUCUUACUUCGCAAAACAAAUCUCUCAAGCAGGACCUUGAGAUCACCGAACCUUCUCCAGGGCAGGAGUCUACCCCAACUCCGGACCAUCUAGGCACAGCGCUUAAUCAUGUUCGCGACGUUGCAUCGAAGCUCAAUAUAACCCUCCGAGAACCGAACCAGGGAAAUGAGUUUUCAGUUCUGUGCGGUGUGGUCUCUCAGAAGUGGAAGCUCACCAGUCUAAAGUGUUUCUUCCAAGAGUACUCUGGACUUCCUGAAAUAAAAGGCCGCGUGUUCUGCCUUGAGCAGAUUAGCUAUAACUAUGCCGCUGUGCAGGAUUCCGUCCUUGGGAAGGACCUUACACGCUGUCCCGCGCAUGAACGUCACCAUGGUGAGUGCGUUUGGGUCUCCAAGCGAGGAUCUGGCUGGAUUGUCGGCAGUGGCCGGCUUAGCUCUGGCGGAAAGAAGGGGUCACGGACAGUAGACUGA